AGGGCGCCUGCGGUCCGCCCCUUGGUUCCCUCCCCGACGCAGCCGCCGGCCCGCCCGCCAGUCUGGGCUCCCGCACAUCUGGCGAUCCCGCCACAUCUGGGCAGCCGGCGCUGGAGCAUGAACGGCUCUCAGGCGGGCGCCGCGGCUCAGGCCGCCUGGCUGAGCUCCUGCUGUAACCAGUCGGUGUCGCCGCCGGAGCCCCCCGAGGGGCCGCGCGCGGUGCAGGCGGUGGUGCUUGGCGUGCUGUCCCUGCUGGUGCUUUGCGGGGUCCUGUUCCUGGGCGGCGGCCUCCUCCUCCGCGCCCAGGGCCUGACAGCGCUGCUGACCCGCGAGCAGCGCGCGUCCCGCGAGCCCGAGCCGGGCAGUGCCAGCGGAGAGGACGGCGACGACGACUCCUAGGCGCCCGGCUGCGCUCGGUGGUCGCGGCCUCCAGGCAGCCCCUGACUCCGAGCGGUCCGGAGCAUGCCCGACGGCUGCUGCGGUCCCGACCCCUUACCCGAAGCGGCGCGCCCCACACAGAGAGGAGAAGAAGAGAAGAGAAGAGGAGAGAAGAGAAGAAGAGAGGAGAGAAGAGAAGAGGAGAGGAGAGAAGAGAACCCUCAGAGGAUCCAGAACUGCAGCCCGUCCUCGCUGGACUGUUCCUGUCCAUGUGCCUGGUCACGGUGCUGGGGAACCUGCUCAUCAUCCGGCCAUGAGCCCUGACUGACUCCCACCUCCACACCCCCAUGUACUUCCUCUCCAACCUGUCCUUGCCUGACAUCAGUUUCACCUCCACCACGGUCCCCCAGAUGAUUGUGGACAUCCAGUCUCACAGCAGAGUCAUCUCCUAUGCAGGCUGCCUGACUCAGAAGUCUCUCUUUGCCGUUUUUGGAGGCAUGGAAGAGAGACAUGCUCCUGAGUGUGAUGGCCUAUGACCGGUUUGUAGCCAUCUGUCACCCUCUAUAUCAUUCAGCCAUCAUGAACCCGUGUUUCCGUGGCUUCCUAGUUUUGCUUUUUUUUUUUCUCAGUCUUUGAGACUCCCAGCUGCACAACUUGAUUGCCUUACUAAUGACCUGCUUCAAGGAGGUGGAAAUUCCUAAUUUCUUCUGUGACCCUUCUCAACUCCCCCAUCUUGCGGUUGUGACACCUUCAUCAAUAACAUAAUCAUGUAUUUCCCUGCUGCCAUAUUUGGUUUUCUUCCCAUCUCGGGGACCCUUUUCUCUUACUAUAAAAUUGUUUCCUCCAUUCUGAGGGUUUCAUCAUCAGGUGGGAAGUAUAAAGCCUUCUCCACCUGUG